UGAUGUGAUGAAAAGAUCUAAACGUUGUUGGGAUCGAUGGAGUACAUGAUACAUGCGCGCAUGAGUCUGUAUAUAUUCUGGGUCCCUGUAUUAAUUGCUGCAGCUAGCAUUCGUAAAAUCUUGGCGUCGCAGAGAAUCAGAAAAACUUGGAAGGCAUGGCGGAGGAGAACGAGAAUGAGAGCUAUAAGAAAUACGGGGACUUGUACCUGGCUGUGCGACGUGGGAAUUGGAACGCAGUACAAGAAUUUCUGGAGCGUGAACCCGAUGCAUUGACUGCAAAAAUAAACUGGAAAUACCAAACGCCGCUUUACGUAGCUGCGGCUGCAGGACAGGUGCACGUAGCGAAGAAAUUGGUGGAGAAACUGCCGGAAGAAAAGUUGGAAAUGCAAGAUUAUUACGGUUACACAGCUAUUACAGAGACAGUGAUGCGUGGAAACCACGAGCUUACAAAGUGCAUACUUAACAAGAACAAGAAGUUGAUCAGCAUCACCAAUCACAUUGGAAAUUUGCCGCUUAUUCAGGCUAUUUACUAUGGCCAAUUAGAAAUGGCUCGCUAUUUGUAUGCUCUCACUCCGCUCGACGAUCUUUUGCCUGCGAAAGACUACAACGGUCCUAAUUUUUUCACAUACUGUAUCUAUACCGGAACUUUAGAUAUUGCUUUGGAUUUAAUGAAAAGGCACCCACCUUUGGGCCUUGCUCGAGACAAAUACGCGAUCACACCGCUGUUGGCAUUGGCGUCCAUGCCUGAUCUAUUCCCCAGUGGAAAUCUCGAUCGGCUCGUGUUUUGGAAACGAUGGAUCUACGAAUACUGUAUACAUAUUCCUCUGAAUCGUGACUCCAAGGAAAUUCAUUUGAACGUUCAUAAGGUAGAAACCGAAAGCCAGAAAGCAAAAACUUUCAUAUCAGUGCCAGCUCUAUUGCGCCAUCUAGUUUCAAAUGUCCUAAACAUCUUGGGAAUCAAGCAUUUAUAUCAGAUGAAGUUGACCCAUGUCCAAGCCCAAGAACUUCUUAGUCUAAUGUGCGCAAGAAUAACUUGUUUAGACUACUACGAAAGGCGAGAUGGCUGCGUUGAAUAUGCCAUCAUCAAAGCUGUCGAGAAUGGGAUUUUUGAAGUUGCUUCUGAGAUGCUGAAGGCGGAUCCAGAUCUUGAGUGGACCUUUGAUGGACAGAAGAGAAACUUACUUAUGCUUGGUGUCUUGCAUCGCCAAGCUAAGAUCUGUAGCCUUCUAAUAGGGCUUGAUUUGAACAAGGCUCUGGCAUGUUAUGAAGAUAGGGAGACCAAUGGCAUUUUACAUAUGGCAGGAAUGUCAGGAGAGUCCCGUACUAUGCUUAAUCGCAUCCCAGGUGCAGCUUUGCAAAUGCAAAGAGAACUCCAGUGGUUUGAGGAGACGAAGAGAGUUUUCCAACCCAAGGUCAGGGUAGUCCCUAACACGGAAGGUUUGACUCCCCGAGAAUUGUUUACGAAAGAGCACAAGGACAUGUUGAAAGAGGGAGAGCAAUGGCUAAAGGACACUUCGACAUCUUGUACAGUUGUAGGUGCUCUCAUUAUUACCAUUAUGUUUGCUGCAGCCUUUACCGUUCCAGGUGGUAACGACCAAACAGGCUUGCCAAUGUUCCUGCAUAAAAGGCUGUUUAUGCUCUUUAUAAUAUCUGAUGCCUUGUCCCUCUUCACUUCCUCAACUUCAGUUUUGAUGUUUUUAGGAAUUCUCACGUCACGUUAUUCAGAAGAUGACUUUCUCAAGUCUUUACCAACAAAGAUGAUAAUAGGUCUUUCCACACUCUUUUUCUCCAUUGCAACGAUGAUGGUAGCCUUUUCUGCUGGUCUUUUAAUUAUGCUACGUGACCAAUCAUGGAUUGUUGUUCCUAUAAUUUCUUUGGCUAGUGUUCCAGUGAGCCUCUUCAUAUGGAUGCAGUUCCCUCUUCUUGUUGACAUGAUCAUGUCAACUUAUGGACCAGGAAUCUUCGAUAGUAAACUGAAGAUUGUCAUUAAUUACUAGUUCACUGAAAAUUAUUGCAGAUCAUGUACGUGUGCAGUAUGGUGUUUAUAUCAUGUUCCACUAAUCAUCGGCGCGGCAUACCAUCCAGAACCGAUGAUUGUUUGCUUUUUUGGGAAGGAUGAAUGAUAAACAUUCUGCUGAUUAUGUUGCAUAUUUUAAUUAGCAUGAGUUACCCUUGUUUUAA